AUGGGCCCCUAUACCGCCUCCUCAUGCUGCUGCCAGGCCCGUAAUCUGCCAUGGGCCCCCGUACCGACUCCUCAUGCUGCUGCCAGGCCCGUAAUCUGCCAUGGGCCCCUGUACCGCCUCCUCAUGCUGCUGCCAGGUCCAGAGUGUGUCAUGGGUCCCUGUACGGCCUCCCAUUGCUGCUGUCUCUAUCGCCACACUCUGCCAUGUGCCACUUUCAGGUCUCCUCACACUGCUGGUGGUUUCCAUUUUUGUCAUAGGGUGCUGUAUGGCCUCCCAUUGCUGCUGCCUCCACCGCCACACUGUGGCUCCACACUCUGGUUUUGGCCCCGUGACUGCCCAAAUGAGUGAAGUGUGCGGUGAUUCUAAGAUCGACGGCACUCAUCUGCAUGUCAUACUGCCUGACAGUAUUAUUUCUCUUCCCCAGCAGACUCCAAGGGCAUUUAAAUUAAAGGUACAGUGUUCAGCACUAAUAUUA